AUGGCUGUUCUUUCCAAGGAGUAUGGCUACGUCAUGCUGACAGGGGCUGCCAGCUUCCUCUUGGUCAUGCACCUCGCCAUCAAAGUGGGCAAGGCCCGCAAGAAGUACAACGUGGAGUAUCCAACCAUGUACAGCACACACCCUGAGCACGGGCAGAUCUUCAACUGCAUCCAGCGCGCACACCAGAACACACUGGAAGUUUACCCUGCUUUCCUGUUCUUUUUAGCCACCAGUGGUAUCUACCACCCACGGCUUGCCACAGGGCUUGGCAUCACCUGGAUCCUUGGAAGAAUCCUCUACGCCCAUGGCUACUACACGGGAGAACCCAAAAACCGAAGGAGAGGGGCCAUCGGUUCGGUCGCCCUCCUUGGGCUGCUGGGCACGGGCGUGUAUUCGGCUUGCCAGCACCUCGGCUGGGUCUGCGAGACACCCUGCAGAAGACUAUGA